UAAUCGGUAGAUAAACAAUUAUCGCGGGUAAAUCAAUUUUGAGCGAUACGCGAUCAUUUAUUCUGCGUUUUCUCCUUAAAGCAAAUCGCCUCUAGAUAUAUUAGUUCUUUCGAUACCGUAAACAUUCAGCAUCUCGUUUUUCUUUUAUACACUUUCUCUUAUUUUUAAAAUUUUGUCAUCUAUUUAACGCCAGAGCAGAAGAAAACUGUUUAUGAAACGCAAGAUAAGUCUCUCGCUUUUGAAAGAUGUUUUGUUCGUCACACGUACUUUCAAGACAUCAAAAUAAACUCCGCUCAUAUUGUCCUUUUACAUACAUCGUUGUGAACGAAGUUUAACGGCCGCGAACUUCGCAAACUUCAGAAACGCUCUCUUAUCACCUUAUUUAUCUUCGGUAAAGCGCAUUUCUAAUUCGUCGUCUUACUGCGACCAAUUAGAGGAUUGCUAGUGGGGGAGGAAGCACGUGGCAACGUGCGAAGUAAUUGGAUAUAAUGGGGAAGGCAAACUGAAAAUAUAUUGUCAGACACGGAGGCUUAAGAGAGACUUAAAGUCCGCAUCGUAGGCCGCGUCGUCUACUCUCUCAAUCAACAUCUCGGACGGCUCUAACUUUCAAGGCUCCGCGACGAGGCUUUCAAGCAAGCGCCUGAGAGAACGUGUAUAUGUGCGUUUAUCCUUCGCUGACAAUGCCUGUCUCUUUAUAAACGGUCACGGUGUGACGGCGAGACUAUAUCGAUGGCGAGGGAGAGAGAGAGAGAGAAAGGAAGAGGAAAAUUCCAUCUUUCUUCUCUACCCUGUGAUAAAAUGCGCCGACGUUCAUUCAUAAUGAUAGAUCGCGAUCGACAUAUUCGAAAACACGCGCGUGCAUUCCAAAAUCUUCCGCUCUUUAGCCGAUUCUUGAGGAAUGUCGGCCGUGCUCGUAUCGGUGAAAUCGUAAUAAGCGAGAGGCGCGCAGAGAAGGGGCGAGAGAGAGAGAAUGUGCGUAUGCGCGCGCGCGCGUGUGUGUGUGUGUGUGUGCGUGCGCGCGCGCGAGGUCGUUGGUAAGUGGGGAAGAGGGAAAGGAAAUACCCCUCUCACACGCCUCAGCCGUUCGCCCGCCCAACCGCUCGACUGCCAAUCCCCACCAUGUCGCCCUCGUCGUCGACCGCAACGUCACCAUUCCCCGCUCCUACGGACUGCACGGCGCGCACGGAUCUGCCCAGUAAAUGCGAGGUUUCCGUUCGGUGUUUGUGGUACGUGCCAGUGAGAGAGUGCUCGCGUAUACAGCCGCUGUGUACAGGCAAUUGUACAUAUCUCGGCUUCUCGACGACGUCGUCGUCGUCGUCAUUAGUGAACGGAUCACCUUCGAGCAUCAUCAUGCCGCUGAGUAUCGGUGUUAAUCUGCGAGUAACUGGCCACUGUAAUCAGGGCGGUCGCAAAUACAUGGAGGACAUGUUCUGCGUGGCGUUCCAACCGACACCGGACGACAAGGAUCUGGAGUACGCGUUCUUCGGGAUAUUCGACGGUCAUGGUGGCGGGGAAGCCGCGACGUUCGCCAAGGAACAUCUCAUGGACAGCAUCGUCAAGCAGAAGAACUUUUGGAGCGACCGGGACGAGGACGUGCUACGGGCGAUCAGGGACGGAUACAUGAACACACAUUACGCGAUGUGGCGGGAGCUCGAUAAAUGGCCAAGAACCGCAUCUGGAUUGCCAUCCACAGCUGGCACAACUGCCAGCAUUGCAUUUAUACGGAAAGGCAAGAUUUACAUAGGUCACGUGGGAGAUUCCGCUAUUAUAUUAGGCUAUCAGGUGGAAGGUGAUCUUCAAUGGCGAGCAAAAGCUCUGACGAAAGAUCACAAACCAGAGAGCGGGCCAGAGAUGACACGUAUACAGGAGUCGGGAGGAAAAGUAGUUAGUAAAUCUGGUGUUCCAAGAGUUGUAUGGAAUCGACCUCGUAUAGGGCAUAAAGGUCCAGUUAGAAGAUCUACUCACAUGGACGAAAUUCCAUUUCUCGCAGUAGCCAGAUCAUUGGGUGAUUUAUGGAGUUAUAAUUCUGAAUUAAACACUUUUGUCGUCUCUCCCGAACCAGAUGUCAAAGUUAUUCCAGUUGAUGUCAAGUCUCAUCGUUGUCUCAUUUUUGGUACUGAUGGUUUGUGGAAUAUGUUAUCACCACAAGCUGCGGUAGCAAUUGUUCAAGCCACAGAUAGACACAAUGAAAAACAUUUAAUAGCAUCUCAGCAGACUGGCAAUUGUGCUGAUUUACAAAUGUGGAUAAAUCCUUCAAAAAGUCUUGUGGACCGUGCAUUGGAGAGAUGGUCAUCAACUAGAUUACGGGCAGAUAACACCAGUGUUGUAACAUUAAUGUUAGAUCCAUCAGGACCAUGUCGCAGUGAGGUACUGUUUAACCAAAAGAAGGAUCGUGUCAUACAUCAUGGAACACACGCACCAACUACAACAAUGAUACCCGAAAACAUCGAGAAAGUCAAUUCAAAAAUAAUAUCGCCGUGCAUGCCGAUACCGCCGCCAAGCAUUUCUCCAAAUCUCGAUAUUUCUACGAAUCCCAAUAUUGAUCUCAAACAACCGGACUCGUCAAAUGGAAGUGACGAGAUCAUCGAUCCAAUGAUACAAUCACAAACAGUUUCGUACCCUGAAAAAUCAAUUUUACCAGAGAUUGAUAUUUCCUCGGAAUUACGAGAAACUGUGCAGGACAAAAAUAUUGAAACUACUGAUGUCGGCGAGUGUAUCCAGGUUGCCGAAAUCUCCUCUAGCCAGAUGCCAGAAGAAACCGGAGAAUCAGAAGAUAAGACAGCGGAUAAAACCAUUCUCGAUAAAUUAGAAAAUUUUGAAAACGAAAAAAAGCAAAUAGAACAGAACGAAAACGAGAACGCGAAAAUUGAUAAUACACUGAUUCAGUCAGAUUUGAAAUCGAAUAAGCCUGAGCUUAAAGAACUUGUGGAUGAGAUGGGAGUAUCUAAUGUGAUACGACAAAAUAUAUUUUCUGAUACGAAAGAGGAGGCAAUUCAACCUGCUCCUCUUUUAAACAAGUUACGCCGAAGUGGCGGUAUUGUUCCUGUUAAGAGCAAAAGUUUUGAUGGUGAAGUAAGAAAUGGCAUUUUAAACGGAUCGAGACACAAACCACAGCAUUCUUUAUUUCCCACCGCGAGGACAGACGUUAGGACGAUAAAGCGUCGACACAGCAUGAAUUCCUCGCAGGCUCAGAAUGUUUUUAUGUCGACUCCAGAUCCAAAGAGUUAUGUGAGCGUAAAGUCGCGAUACAAUAGAGUAUCGAAAACGUCCGUUACGGGAAAUGCGUCAACAGAGGAGACAAAGAAUACGUCAAAACGGGCAGACACUAGCUGCAAACGCAGGCAUAGCACGAUUACGCAAACAUCGGUUCCAUCGACUGGAGUUGAAAAUGAAUGCACGCAGCAAGAACCGUGUGCGAAGAGGAGGACACGUUCCGAGGACCGACGGCAGACUCCUACAGACGAGAACGAUCCAGCCAAUCAAAAAAUAGAAAAUGCGACCGGUCGGCUAAGUUGGCCCACAUCAGACGGACGACCGGAUUCAACAUUAUCAUUAAACGGCGGCACUACAACGACACUUUCUUCGUCGUUCCAACGUAGAAGUUUAGCAAAGAAGGCCACACCUGUUAAAACCAUUAGGAGGCCAUCUAUCAAUGGCUCGAAACUACAACAACUGAGAGGUAGUUUUCUACGCGAUUGGGACCAAGGUAGGAGCAAUCGAGCGAGCAAUUGUAAUGACAGAAGAACAUUAAAUAGGACAGUAUCAAUUAUCGGUCCUACAGAUAUGACGAUGCCACAACGAUGGUUAAGAUCAGAUACAAUGGCGGCUACACCUGUGAAAACGCUACGUUCGCGUAACGUAGACAUUGUUGGUAAUACGAUAUCUGCACAGUUAGUUCACCAGUAUGGAGUAGUGAAGCAAAAUCGAUUAUCUUUACCGAACAAGUUGAAGCAGUCUGCAAACGGUGGAUCGCUACAAUCUAGUAGAGUCAGGUCUUCCUCGUUGUCAUCCAAUAAACUUAAACAAGCGAAUAGUAACAGUGGAAGCGUGAGUACUUGCGCGACCAUUAAUCCGUCGACUACAAGUUCCACUUCUGGUAUAGCUAAGAGGGUCAAAUCACCAUACAAUCCCAGUGCUCGAUCACUGAGCACGCGAUCUCGCAUUAAACGUCUUGGAAAGUAAAGUUAAUGAUUAUAGCUUUUCUUUCUUUUUUAUGCGAAUUUGAGUAUUUUUAGGGUAUGAUACAUUCUUACCCUCUUAUUUUCCUUAUUAUUUUUAGUAUAAAUAUUAAUUUUUGCAUAUAUAUAUAUAUUACAUAUGUCUCUCUUCAAAAUUUUCUCACUUUUAUUUUUGAAGUUGUGCAUGCUUUCUCUCUUGAUAUAUUUACCAUGAAUGGAGCUUGAGCUUUAUAAAUUAAUGUUAAUAUUCUGUAUUUUAUAUAGAUAGAAUUAAAUCAAAUGUAAAAUUAAAUAAUUAUUUGUGUACAAUUAUUUAGGUGUAUAUUUUAAAAUGACAAAACUAUUGUUCACUAUUAUUUUAUCAUUUAUUAUUGAUUUAUGUAUUACUUGUACUAUUAUUGAAAUGAUUUUCUUUUCUUUUGUGCAAGCUUUUUCAUAUAUAUCUAUAUCUAUUUUCUUUUAUAAAAUAUUAGAUAUCUAUGGAAAUAAAUUACUACACUCUCCCAUUCUGUUUAUGAAACAUAAUUAUUAAUUCCUUUUUAUAGAAAACAUAUAUAUAUAUAUAUAUAUAUAUAUAUAUAUAUAUAUAUAUUAUAUAAUGGUUUGCAAAACUAAACUAGUCUGUUGUCAUGUCCUUUGAGAUGGUGUCGUUAUAUUCAAAAUUUUUUGUAUAGCUUGCAAAAAAAAGACGUGCGUUUGCAAUUUCUAAAAACAAAUUACAUUUUUAUCUUUGCAUGGAUAUUAAACGCAAUUUUUUUUUUUAAAUAUAAACUUAAAUCAUUUUGUGUUUAAGUCAAACAUAGGGCACAUAAAAAACAAUUGUAAGGUGAUAUUGUAAAUUAUAUAUUCUACGAGAAAUGAUAUAAAAAUAUAGCCUGUUCUUUCUUAUACUUUCUAAUAUUUGAUGAACUUACUAAAUGUUGUCGUAGGACAAAAUAUGAAAGUAUAAUAUAGAUAUUUGCAUAAAGUAGCUUGACAAUAAGAAGGUAUGGAUGCAAAUAAAGACAUGGGCUUGUAUGCAUAUCUCGUAUGCACAUCCAUUUGCGCAUUUUCAAUGAUAAUUAUCGUUUGCGAUCAGAGACGAAUGAAGCGGUCACAUUAGUGCUAAAUAUGAAAUACAAAUGCGGCCCGUAGCAUAUAUACACGUGUAUUUCUAGAAAUAGUUUUUUCUCCUAAUUAAUUCCUCUUCGUCUUCGAUAAUAGUAUGAAAAGAAUUCCCAUGUGAUCAAGUCAAGAAAAGCAUCGUAUUUAGUCUAUCCUUAAGCAUUAAACUGUUUUCUAGUAUAUAGAUUAUGUAAUUAUACAUUGAUCUGCCUUGGCCGAGUACAGAAUGGUCACUAAAUAAUUGGAAAUAUAUACAAUUAUGAUAAGAAUUAUGAAGAAAAUAUAAUUGACAAUUUUUAUUUGUGAGCGCGCCGAGAUAUAUAUUUACAGAGAGAAAAUAUAAUGUGGAUAACUAAUUGAUAUACAAAAGAAAUUAAGAUCUCAAUGAAUCAAAAUCAAUUCUGGACACAAUUUUAAAUAGAAGCCACUCUAUAUAAAGCACCAAACGACUAUUAUAUGUGCGAUACAAAAAUCUAGAUUUUAGAUUAUACUUAGAUGGAAUAUAAAAAACAGCUAAAACAAUUGAGGAAAUUCAAGUUUCUUACGAUACAAUUAUAACAAUUAUAUUUUAAAUGCAAACAAAUAUAUUAGAUCUAAUAAUAAUUAAGUUGCGGGGAACAUAAAAUUUACAAAUAUAUAAAUAUAUUAAUAAUAUAUCAGAAUUUUAUGUAUAUAUAAUAAUAAUGUACAAUCUUCUUAUAUCAGCCUUUCAUCACUAUUUUAUCUUGUGCAAGUGUGCAAAAAAAGAAAUUAAAAAAUGAAGACAAUUUAGGAUAAAUAUCUAUUUGAUUUUUGUGCUAUAAAGAAAUUACUGAUGUAUAAGAGAGAAAUUAUGUGGCGUUUGUUACAACUUUACAUUUCGCAUUUCUUUAUAGUUCAUUGAUAAUAAAAAUAUGUUAUUCGA